AAACCUGUUCCGAACUACUAGGUAGGUCAAUAUUAGAUAACUAUAUGUUCGACUGGACAUUUAAAUGUUUGUUGUUCACUGUCAUUUUAUGAGAUUGUUAAUAAAUAAAUAACGUCAUCAUAAAGAAUUCUAAAAUUAGUUCGGAAAACCUACUGAUAACAAUAUUCUGUCAGUUUGUAUGGUGGCAAACAUUGAAGGAAAAUGGAAAAACAACAGAAGCAGCGUACUUUUGAAAACGAAAAAAAGUGGAAACAUUUUCUAUCUAGUAUCAAGAGAGUGCAUAAUUUUCAAACAAACAAUGUAUGUAUAAAUUCUAAAAUUAAUACAAAAUGUCUGGCAAAUGAAUUUGCGAACAAGUUGUUAAAGAAGAAAGGCGGAUUUAUUGAGAUUAGUGGAAGUAAAAAUACAAUGGAAACGUAUGAACAUUUUAAUGUUAAAGAAUCCCCAACCCAACCACACAAUAUGGAUUUUAACGACAGAGAUCACGUGGGCAUGUCACGGGCAGACACAUGGCCAAAAGAAAGAUCUAAAUAUAUAGAACCAUAUAAUAUUUCUGAUACUGAUUCUGCCUGCCGCAAGCUUAGUUUCGAAACAACGAACACAAUAGUUUGUGAGUCGUCCGACGAAGAAAUGAGUCCGAGUAUUUUAAAACCAAUUCCUUCGGAAAAGUUCGGUUACCAUUGGAAAUCACAGCCUCGGUUUGAUAUUCUAAAUGAAAUAGAUUUGAGUCCAAGUAAAAAAAUCAAAUUUGAAAAGGAACUAUUCGCAGAUAAAACGAUGGAGAGCCGAACAGAACAAGCAACAGGAAGUUCAAAAGAGGUUCAUGAAAAAUACGAGCAAGAGAAGGAAGCAACUAAAUUAGACAAUAACGAACCUGGCACAAUAUCAAUGUCUGAAGACAAUAUGUCGAGCCAUGUUGGAAAUGUUAAAAUUAAUCGGAAAAUAGAUAUCGUUACAAAUCCAACAUCAAUAAAAUCAGAUAUUGAUAAUUCAUACAGGGAUACAGUCCGGAGAAUCGAAAAGUCAACAGACUUUUCGGAAGCUUUGAGGGAUGGGGGGAUGGAUGGCUCAGCAGAACCAGGAGCAGAUACAGUGAUAGAGGUGCAGGUAGAAAACAGAAAAGGGACGACAAAAAAUAAGGUCGACAAUAGGCCUGUCACACUACAAGUGUCAGCAGACGAUAUUUGCCAUAUUAAGACAAAUUUUGAAAUUAAUCGUUUACGAGAUCGAAAUGAAAAUAUUCCAAAGUCAAAAAAAUCUGACAUUGAUAAAUCAUGCAGUAAAUGGACUAUACCAAAUAUUGCAGAAUACUUUGAUUUUGAUAAAUCAGUUCGAAAAAUUGAAAUGCCGACAUAUUUUGCCAUUGGUGCUGAAAAGGUGUCAGAAAAUAUUCAAUUAGAAUUAAUUCAAAAACUUCAAGUUUUUAAGUCUGUGCAAAAACACAAAAGCAAGCAAAAUAAUGAUAAGGAAAGUAUUUCACAUUUAAAGUCUCUCACGGUAACAGAAUGCGGAAGUAGGCUGGUACUAGACGCGUUACUUAUUCCACUGUGUGCAUCGUUAGGCUUAAACAUCGAGGUAGAUAAAAAUAUAAAUUGCAAUUUUCUCCCGAACUGCAGAUUUGAUUAUUGCAUAGCUAAAGAUGAUAAACUAAUUGGAUGUGUGGAAACAAAAAGUAUCAAAAGUUUGAACGACAGCGCCGUUGCGCAGGCUUUGCUGCAAUUGGUAAUCUUGCAGACGAAUUUAUUACGAGUUGAUGACCCCUUGACCGCCAAAUGUCCAUUAUUUGCUGUUGUUACUGAUGGACAUAGAUUUGUUUAUAUUCAACUGCAGGAGUCUGUAUUCAAAUUUGAACACGAAGGAGAAAAGGUUAAAGUUCGCGAAAUCGCACAUGAAGACGAUGUUAAGUGCAUUUUAGAACAAAUCGGUUACCUAAUGAAUGAAGCAACCGCUGCACUAUUAAAAGGCAAUAACUUGGGUUCUUGUACAGUGAUAGAGACAAACUCAACGAGUUCAAAUAAUUUAGUGCCAAAUGUAAUUAAUUUAGAUGAUCAGAAAAGUGAGAACCCGCAUAUAAUUGUCAUUGACUGAGCCAUGCGGAUAAAUAAAUUGAACAUUAAAUCCUGUAAUCGAAGUAUAAACUCGUGUUUGAGCUUUUCAUUUUGUCAUUUGACCAAUCUACUGACAGUACUGUAAAUUCAGAAAUUAUUGCGUGCAUUCAUUAUUGCGAAUUAGUCAUUUUAGACUUAAACGCGAUUUUGAUUUUAACGAUUUGGGGGCAAAUCCUGCUUAAUUCAUAUUUAAAAUAAUCUAAAAUGCGAGUUUUAAUUAUUGCGUUUACAACUCGUCUCAAUUUUUGCAACAAUAAAUACCUCGCAUUAAUUGCUGAAUUUACAACUAAAAUAUAGAUCUCUGAUUUCGUUAAAUUACAUAUGAGUAGUAUAAUGAAAUCAAAAAUCUAUGUUUUAAUAAGAUUGUCAUUUGAUUUGAGACUUUCCGUUUUGAAUUUUCCUCGGUGCUCAGUAUUUUUGUUAUUUUUCUUUUCACCGAUACUAGUUUUUCAAUUAUCGAAAGUGAAACAAUCUUGUCUCGUGUUCUUAUAAUGUUGGAAUUUUCGAUUUGAUCCGAUUUGCCUCCUAUUUUUAGUAUCAAGUUUAAGCCACUACAUAUUGAUCGAGUUUUCGUUAGCAUUUUAAAAUUCCAAGAGAAAAAAGGACUUCAAUCGAAACUCAAAUUAUCUAAUAUUUAAAAGAAUAAAACUUUGAGAAGACUGAUAAAUGGGAAAAAAUAGAAAUAUAAGGGUUCCGGGUUUAUUCAGAAUACUGUAGAACUGACGACAGGAGAUAUAUUUUGUGUUGUUGUAAACUUUUUAAAGAUAUGUUACCCCAUGUUGUUUAGUUUGUUAU